AUGCCUCGUACAAACAAAGAAAUUGAGGAACUGAUUGAAAAAGCGCUGGAUAAACUACAUACCCAAUCUCGGCUAAAUAUCUCAAAAGUUGCGCGUGAACUUGAUGUGCCUUAUCAACGGCUCCGUAGCCCCUAUCGGGGCAAAAAAUCACUAUUUGAACGUGAACCUAAUGGUCGGAAGCUUGAUCCUGCCCAAGAGAAAGCUUUAUGUGGCUGGAUAGACUAUAAUGAUAGUCUAGGAUUACCAGUUAAGCGCACACAAAUUGUGGCAGCUGCAACUUCAAUUUUGAAACUGGCAAACCCAUCCUCACCACCACUGAGUGAAAAAUGGCUCAAACGCUUCCUACAACGACAUCCUAAAUACAAUAUCCGACGUCGAAAAAGCCUUGAUAUUGAACGUCUUCAUGCACAUGACAAAUCAUUGAUUCAGGAGUGGUUUCAAAGGUUUCAAAAUGCAUUUGAUCUAUAUGGUGUUCAACCUGAAGAUUUAUAUGAUUUUGAUGAAACAGGCUUCCAAAUUGGUAUUGGAAAAGACCAAUGGAUCAUUACACGUGAACCUAGGCGAAAAAUUGUUUCUGGAAAUCCUAAUAUUGUGUGUGAUAAUCUGGUGGAUUAUAAUCAUCCUGAAGUGCCAGAAUCCCCCUCAACCAAUUCAUCCAAUUCAACAAAUAUCAGCACACUCAAAACAAUUCAACGAUUUCAGAGACUUGAGAGCAGGCUUUUGACGUUGAACAAGGAUAUUUCUCAUUAUGAAAAUAUUGUCAAAAAGCUCUCAAAGGGGGCACAAUCAUGUGCAUAUCAGCUAGAGGAGGCACACCGAGAGAUUGAGACAUCAAAAGCUGCAACUGCUGCACGCCAUGCACGUUAUGCGAAUGUGGCGAAAAUGAAUCAGGAUAAACAAAAGCUGACUGAUUUGGAGGCAAUUGAUAAACUGCGGCCCCAGUGGAAGAAGGUUAUGAUUGAACUAAAACGGCACUGUAGGCAGUCAGGACGCCGUUUGAAGCGCUGA